AUGGCGAGAACCCGUGCUACCGGACAUGGCGGAGGACCACCAGUACCACCCACUAGAGGCCGUGGACGCGUUCGUGGUAGUGGUCGAGGUAGACCAGCGAGGGCAGCACCUGUGGUUCAGGGAUUGCAAACACCGGGAGUUGCUCCAGCUGCGCCAGUUGCACCAGUUGCACUAGCUCCAGAAUAUGUGGUUCUAGCUAUGCCAGACGAUGAGCAGCGGAUCUUGGAGUCGAGUGGAGUGGCUUUUACUACCUUCCAGUUCUCAGGGGCUGCAUUUACAUGGUGGGAGGAUUUGGAGAGGCGUAGGCCUAGCUCUUCUCAUGCCUCUUCAGUCCAGGGUUCUUCUGCAGUGAGGGGUUCCCUUCAGUCCCCUUCUCCAGCACCAGGCAGUUGCUACGAGUGUAGUGAGUUUGGCCAUAUGAAGAGGGAUUGUCCUCGACGUCGUGGUGGUCGGUUUCAGCAGAGGGAUCAACCCUCGUCUUCUACUUCAGCACCCUCCCAGUCAGGUAGGGGUGGGGGCCAGGCAGCCAGGGGCCGCUCUAGGGGUGGAGACCGAUCUAGUGGUGGCCAGGUUGUCACCUAUGAAGAUGUUAAGACGUACAAGCAAGGAGACGACGAAAAUCCGUUUAUUAAUAUUGUACUCGAAGAUGAUCAGAGGAACAGGAUUGUGGCAACCUUAUGGAGCGAACAUGUGGAUGAAAUUCAACAUUACUUGAAUGAAUCGACCGAUGAGNCAUCGCGUUCGCGUCGGGUAGGGUCGCGACGCGUAGAGGGAAUUAGGAGGUUUGAAAUUGGUCUUCGCGUUCGCGUCUCCUUAGUCGCGUUCGCGUAG